CAAACCUCCCCAAUUUGUCCACAAGACGGGAAAAAAAAAAAAAAAAAAAACUAAAAACCCUAGCCCAUCUAAACCCACCUCAAAACGCACGAAAUUUCAAAACCCAAAACCUCCACUACCUCCCAUGGCAAAUCGACGGUGCCUCCAGCUCCUGACCCGCCGCGUCUCCGCCCUGUUCUCAGCCAACCCUCCACUCCACACCCUCUCCACCCCACCUCCCCUCUCUACCCAUGAACCUCUCAAAGCCCUCGUCUCCAAAUCCCCACUCAUUUUCAGCCCCAAUUGGUCCGCCCCGACCCGCCAUUUCUCGUCGGACCGAAACGACGGCGUAGACGACAGCGAAGAUGACGACGACGAUGACGAUGAAGAUGAUGACAUUGGGUAUAGCAGUGACGAUGGGAGCUUAUCGAAAGGCGGUGGUUCGAAACGAGAGUACACGCCGGAGGAGAUGGCGGCGGAGGCGGCGGGUAUUGGGUACAAAGUGGUGGGCCCGCUUGAGACGACUGAUGGGGUUUUCAAGCCCUAUGAGCCCGUUUUCGCUGUGAUUCAGAUUGGUUCGCAUCAGUUCAAAGUUAGUAAUGGGGACUCCAUUUUCACUGAAAGAUUGAAGUUUUGCGAGGUGAAUGAUAAGUUGAUAUUGAACAAAGUUCUCUUGGUGGGCACAAGUAGUCAGACAAUGAUCGGAAGGCCAAUAGUUCCAGAUGCAACAGUUCAUGCAGUUGUUGAAGAGCAUGCAUUAGAUGCAAAGGUUCUUAUUUUUAAGAAAAAGAGGAGAAAGAAUUACCGUCGGACCAAAGGUCAUCGCCAGGAAUUAACCAAGUUGAGGAUCAUUGAUAUUCAAGGGAUUCAGAAGCCAGAACCUGUAGUCACCGAAAAACCUUCAAAGACACAUGGUAAGAAGCCAGAAAAGGUUGCAGUUGCUGCAUAGGAGAAAUGUUCCCUAUGGUUGUUUAUUGGUAAUAAUGGCACUCAAUCAUGGUCUUCUUGUGCCUUAUAGUGAGCAUGAUAAGAUUCCUGAAUUUCUUCAGGUACAUUUUGGGAUGUCAUAUGAAAUAGAAAGUUUAAGAUGGAACCAGAUAGAUGUAGGAUUUUGCCCAUUUGUAUUUUAUGUAGUUUGUAAUGCAAACUAUGAAACAUUGAGCUAGAUAAUAUCAUUGUCCUGAGG